AAGUCGUCAGUCAUAAAUACUCAUGCAAUACAUAAUGUAAAGAAGUUUUUGUACUUUGUUACUUUCCUGCCACCGCAAGAACACGGCGACGCAAUCUAGUUGAAAGCAAGUGUAACCUUUUACAAUUCAAAUGAGAGAAGAGGAGGAAAAAAAACAACAAAACAAAAAUCCGGCUCUUCCCGCUCACAUUGCAUCCGUGCAACUUCCUCAUUAAGCGUUUCAGAGCUCGAGGGAGCACAUCUGAAACGAGAACUAAAAGAGAAAAAGGCAGAAGCACGCCAUAAAGUAGCAUUGUAGUAGGUCAGCCACUGCGGUGGAGACUGCAGCCACCAUGCUCCGACAGUCUCUGAGCAUUCUCAAGCAGCUUGGAUCUUCGGGAAAGUCGCAAGAUGUCAGCGAGCUUCUACACGCGGACCUGGUUGUGGUGGAGCAGCGGGUGGAGCCAGCCAAGAGAGCAGCACAGAUGCUCCACAAGAAGCUGCAAGGCUGCAUGCAGAGUCAGACAGGGCCAGAUGCUGAAAGACGGAUGAAGAAGCUGCCUCUCAUGCUGCUGUCAAUCAGCAUGGCGGAAAGCUUCAAAGACUUUGAUGCUGACUCCUCCAUCAGGAAGGUGCUGGAGAUGUGUUGUUUCAUGGAGAAGAAGUUGGCCAGCCUGCUGGCAGACUUUGAGAUCAAAGUGGAGAAGGAAGUUUUGGAGCCACUGAAUAAACUUGGCGAGGAAGAAUUGCCAGAGGUUCUCAAAAACAAGAAGCACUUUGCAAAGCUUCAUACAGACUGGAACAAUGCUCGUCUCAGGAGCCAGGGCAGCACCGGUCCACAGGCCAAGCAGGACGGUCUCAAGGAGGAGGAAGAAGAAGCUCUGAGGAAGUUGGAGAUUAUCAAGAAUCAGUAUUCAGCAGACCUGUAUCACUUUGCGACCAAAGAAGACGACUACGCAAGCUACUUCAUUCGCCUUUUGGAGCUGCAAGCAGAAUACCACAAAAAUUCACACGAGUUCCUGGAUAAAAAUAUAAACGAACUCAAGGAGAAUCACAGCCAGAAAGGGCCACCAGCAAACCCCUUCGGACCGAAGGUUUUCGGCGAGCCUCUUGCCUCUCAUCUGCUUCAGAGCAACCGGGAAAUCGCAGCACCCAUUCAAGAAUGUGUUCACAUGCUGCUCAGAACAGGGAUGAGAGAAGAGGGUCUGUUUCGUCUCACGGCGGCCGCCUCAGUGGUGAAGAGGCUCAAGACUUGCAUGGAUCAGGGGACGGUCGAUCACAGUGAGUUCCGCAUGGACCCUCACGCUGUGGCCGGAGCUCUGAAGUGUUACCUGCGAGAACUUCCUGAACCACUACUGACCUUUGAACUGUACAAAGACUGGUUCAAAGCAGCCGGUGAAAAAGACUGUACAGAAAAGCUGGAGCAGUUCCGAAUACUACUGAAGAAACUACCGCCUGAAAACUACAACAACCUCAGGUACCUAGUUCAGUUCUUGUCGCUGCUGUCCGAGCACCAGGCUGCAAACAAGAUGACGCCCGGUAACAUUGCCAUCGUCCUGGGGCCCAACCUCCUCUGGCCACAAGCCGAGGGGGAGAUCACUCUGGUUGACAUGGCGUCCGCCUCCUCGGUGCAGGUGGUGACAGUUAUUGAGCCUCUCAUUCAAUACAGCGCCGUGCUCUUCCCUGAAGAGAUAUCCUUUGAGAUUCCGGGGCUUCCCAAGGUCCAAGAUGACCGGUCUAAGAUCUCAGAACAAGCGCCACUGAGCAGAAGAGUCUCCACUUCCUCCACAGCCUCCUCCUCUUCAAUUUAUCAUCUCCCUUGCUCCAAGACAAGCAGUGUAUCCUCUGAGGAUAGCGUCAGUGUCACCGCCGUGAAAUCCGAGAGACGCCAAGCGUGGGCUGCUUCUGGACACGAGGCCGCAACCACGACCCAAAAAGACACGGCGACACUCAGCAGCUCACCCACCGCAAGAACCAGCUUGCUGCCAAUCCAGAACCCGAUCCCACAUCCCAGAACCGCAGGGUCCAACCCAGGACACAGCAGGGACCCCGUCCAGAAGCAGUGCUCGGAGCAGUUGGAGCCCAUUUCGGAGCCCCCUCCCGUCUCACCGAAAGCAGUUGUGACGAUCAGCACACCAAACAAACCAAAGAGGAGCAUCAGUGUGAGAAAAGCCAAUGAAACUAGCGAGCCGUUGACAGUUCACUACAGCAAGACCAAAGCGCCGGUGCCGCCAAAGCCGCGGGCCCCUCCGGCACCCGCAGCGACAGACGGGAACCAGGUGACACGUCCGCCACCUCCAACUCGGCCGGUUGGUCUCAAAAAGCCGCCGAUUAAAAAGUCUGGACUUAAAGCCCCCAGUUGCCCUCCGCCGCUUCCGCCAGCGUUACUGUCCAAACAGGCUCCUUCAAUAGCACAGUAAGAUGAGAGCCACACUAUAUGGACUAAAGCUUUGACACAUAGUCAAUAUUUAAUUGGCAUAAAUCCUCAUACCAAGACAUUGUGAACAAUUCUAUGCUUCCGACUCAUGGAAACACUUGCCCUUUCAUGUAAGCUCCAUCAAGGCAAUGUUGGCUUAGUGUGGAAGAACAUGAUAAACCUCAACCCCACCAAACACCUUUUGGUAUGAGCUCAGGACCAACAUGAUCUCACGGGUCUUCUUCUGGAUAAAUGGACAAACAUUAACUUUUAUAUUAACUUCCAUUCCAUUCCAAUAGGAAGGUGUAAUGAUUAAGAGACCCAAUACUUUUGUCCACAGUGUGUGUUUGCGUAAUGUAAGCUUAGCUUGCUUGCCAUUUGUCCAAAUUCUUUCACUGAAAAACUGUAUUUAUUUUUCACCCACUGCAGUCAUUUAUUUCCAGAGAGCAAAUAAAACCACACGUGUAAGAUAAACGUCA